GGUCCUCCGCACUCCCCUCCCCCUCUGCGAGAAAGAGAAAGGGAAGGCUCCCCAAGCCCCGAAGCCAUUCUCUCCCUUCUGUCGAUCCUUGGGAGGGGCAAAGAAAGGAACCGGCAAUGGAGGCUUUGUACUACCUGCUGUUCGGGGGGCUGUCGGUGGUGGUGGCGCUGCUGGAGUUCAGCAAGACCAGCAAAGACCGCAUCUCCACCUCCGUCGCCUUCAACUCCUUCAAGAACAACUACAUCGUCGUCUACUCCCUCAUGAUGGCUGGAGAUUGGUUGCAGGGUCCUUAUGUCUACUACCUCUACCACACGUAUGGAUUCGGGAAGGGAGAAAUUGGCCGGCUCUUCAUUGCUGGAUUUGGAUCUUCCAUGCUCUUUGGGACGAUUGUUGGAUCUAUGGCUGACAAACAGGGUCGGAAGAGGGCUUGUGUGACAUACUGCAUAAGUUACAUCCUGAGCUGUAUCACCAAGCAUUCUCCACAGUUUAAGGUAUUGAUGUUGGGUCGUAUAUUGGGAGGAAUCGCUACCUCGCUCUUGUUUUCGGCCUUCGAGUCAUGGCUUGUUGCUGAACACAACAAGAGGGGCUUUGAACCACAGUGGCUCUCCCUAACUUUUUCAAAGGCUAUAUUUAUUGGCAAUGGUCUUGUAGCCAUUGUCGCUGGGUUGUUCGCUAAUUUACUGACUGAUACUUUGGGUUUUGGCCCUGUGUCCCCCUUUGAUGCUGCUGCCUGCUUCCUAGCAAUUGGCAUGGCGAUUAUCUUAUCAACAUGGGGUGAAAAUUAUGGAGAUCCUUCAGAAAACAAGGACUUACUUAGCCAAUUUAAGGUUGCUGCAGUAGCCAUUGCUUCUGAUGAGAAAAUUGCUUUGCUGGGUGCAAUUCAAUCACUGUUUGAAGGCUCAAUGUAUACCUUUGUAUUCUUGUGGACUCCUGCUUUAAGCCCAAACGAGGAGGACAUUCCUCAUGGUUUUAUUUUUGCUACCUUCAUGUUGGCUUCAAUGCUUGGGAGCUCCAUUGCAUCUCGGCUGAUGGCCCGUGCGACACUUAAAGUUGAAGGUUAUAUGCAAAUUGUUUUUGCAAUCUCAUCAUUCACUCUCCUCCUUCCUGUUAUCACCAGUUUCUUGGUAACAUCUUCAUCCGUAAAAGGUGGGAGCAUGUCGUUGGGGGGCUGUAUCCUGCUAUUUGGUUUCUGUACCUUCGAAGCAUGUGUAGGGAUAUUUUGGCCAUCUAUUAUGAAGAUGAGAUCUCAGUACAUUCCUGAGGAGGCGAGGAGCACAAUCAUGAACUUUUUCCGCAUUCCCCUUAACAUAUUUGUGUGCAUUGUGCUUUACAAUGUGGAUGCAUUCCCUAUGCCUGUCAUGUUUGGCAUGUGCUCCAUUUUCCUUUUCAUUGCCUCCAUCUUGCAAAGGCGGCUGAUGGUGGUUGCCGAGAGCCACCGAUCAAAGCCGCAAGAUUGGACAGCAGUGAAGGAGAGGGAUGAUGAGGCUCAGCCACUUAAUAUCUAAAUAGCAGGCAAACAUUUGGUUCUUGCAUAGUCAUAGCUACUGCCUUUCAUGAUAGUAUAAUGCAACUGCAUUGUAGUCCUGUCAUCAUUGAUCUGAUUAAUAAUUCGAAAAGUAUGCUGUUACCAGAUGGCGGUAUUAUUUUUAAGUGUGCAAUCAGACAGAAAACAUAUCACAUCAAAAUGCUCCACAUCAAGCAGGUUUCUUUGAGUCUUAGAUUAGCAGUUAAAGGGAGUUCUCCAAGAGGUGGCUUGCGAUAUAUACUAGCAUCUCUACAAAGUCAUGGGAGCUAGUUGGCUUAUGGAUCACCUGUUUUGUAGUUUUUUGGUUUUUCCUUUGCCUUUUCUUGUUUAAGACUUUUAUGUGUUUUUGGAAUUCAAUUCUUCCAGGCCUUUGUUUGAGGAUCUGCAAGCAUGGAGAAGCAUGGAUAUCUCACUUGUAUUCUUAUAUAUUUAUUCUAGUUGACAGUCAUGGUUACUGAUACCAUGGUCAUAUCCUUUAAUAAUAUAAGUUCAUUGUUGUUUCAUAGACAAA